AUCCACAGCAUGUCCCGAAUCUUCAGCUCGGACCAGCUCGACGUGUGCGAGGAAGUCGGCCGAGGCGGCUUUGGCGUCGUUUUCCGAGGAAUCGUCAAAGCCACGGGCCAGGAGGUGGCCAUCAAGCAAAUCGACUUGGAGCAUGAGCUGGCUGACUUCUUCGAGGUGAACCGUGAGAUCCAGAUUCUCUCGGAGUGCCGGUCACCGCAGAUCACACAGUACCUCGGCUGCUUUGUGAAAGGGUACAAGCUCUGGGUCAUCAUGGAGUUUGUGGACGGAGGCUCGCUCUUCGAGCUUUUGAUGCCAGGUCCCGUGACUGACGAAAAGACCAUUCUGAUUAUCGCAGGCGAGAUUCUUUUGGCGCUUCUGUACCUCCACGAACUGGGAAAAAUCCACCGAGACUUGAAGUCGCAAAACAUCUUGUUCAAUCAGAACGGCGAGGUCAAACUAGCGGACUUCGGGGUGUCCACGCAGUUGUAUUCGAAUUUUUCUAGGCGAAACACCACCGUGGGUACCCCGUACUGGAUGGCGCCGGAAGUGAUCAUGAAUAACACGGGUGGCCAUAGUUUCAAGGCGGAUAUCUGGUCGCUCGGAUGCUGUAUUUUCGAGCUCCGGAGCGGCAAGCCGCCGCUCCAGGACCACUACACCCCAAUGCAAGCGCUCCGCAAGAUCUCGUCGUGCAAGAAAAACGCUGAUUUUGUAAACUUCAUUGACAUGGCCGCAAAAGACGACUGGUCCGACACACUCAAAGAUUUUCUUGCCAGCUGUUUCAGCGUAGACCCCCGCAACAGGCCGUCUGCCCUGAGGCUCUUGCAACACGACUUCAUUUUGGGCAAACACGACUUGGGGCCAGAAGCGUGCAAGCGGAGACUCAAAAAGCUCAUCACCAGAAAACGGCUCUGGGACCAGCAGAACCACGUGGUGAAGUCCCACAGGAUCUACGCCCCCACAGAGAUUUCCCAGAACCAGAACAAGUGGAAACAUGGCGGUAGCCCCCAAAAAGAGACUAAGUCCAUACGCUUCGACUUCAGCACCAUCAAAGAUGCACCCGAGCUCCCGAGCGAAACAGAUAGCGAACACAAGAAAAUAUCAGUGUCCCCUUCGCGAAGCGACAGCAGCGGAGGGGCCAGACAAGACGCAUCCAAGAACAACAAGGCCAUGAAGGCUGAUUUUCGCAAGGUGCUCAACAGAGUCUUCACCAAGCUCGAGCUGCGGACGGCGUUGUCGACCAGCCAGUAUGACCAGAUCGUGACGCUCAAUGACAAGCUCCUUGACAUGUUCACACCUGUUAGUUCUGCCGAUCCAUCUGGCUCUCAGAGCAAAAUCUUGGUGUGCCAGUACCUCAAGUAUUUGUUGAAGGAGGUGUCCAAACAAGCGCCCGCAAACAAGCUGCAGUUGCAAAAGGCAAUUGUUCCUUCACAGUACCUCCAGCAAGCCUCCAGCACCAUUGAGCCAGUAAAAAAACAGGCUCCUACAUCAAUGGAUGAAAUCGAAAGGAGUCUUUUAGGCUCGUGGCUAGACAAGCUUGAGAAAUAG